AACAUGGUCUAAAAACAGUGUUAAUUUGAAAGGCCAUAAUCAAUCAGCUAAGCCAUACCACACCGACAACGCAACACAGCACACCAAACCGAUUCAAAUGCUCAUUCAACAGUUCAAUCUUCGAACAUGGUAAGAUUACCUGUAUUAACUACUCCGCUGAAGAAAACUUCCUGCUAAAAAAAUAGCGAAAAUUGCUCUAUAUUUGGCCCCCAAGUCCCCACAAAGACUUGUUGAAGAGAAAUUCAUCUCAUUUUUGCAAUCAUGUAAGAACCCAAAACAUCUCCAACAGAUUCAAGCACAGAUAAUCACUCAUGGCUUUACACACAAUGAAUAUAUCGCGCCAAGAUUUGUUUCGGCGUGCGCAGAAUUGAAGAGAAUGGAUCAUGCACGCCGAAUGUUUGAUGGAAUUCCCAAUCCAGAUACAGCGCCAUGGAAUACUAUGUUCAAAGGGUAUGUCCAGAACGAGCUCUACAGAGAAGUUGUAGUCUUGUUCAAUCAAAUGAAGAGCCUGGAUAUAAGACCCAACUGCUUUACAUUCCCCAUGGUGUUAAAAUCUUGUGCAAAGUUACUAGCUUUGCAGGCUGGAGAGCAAGUGCAUUGUUUUGUAUUGAAGAUGGGUUUCAAAUCAAACCCGUUUAUUGGAACCACUUUGAUUGAUUUGUAUGCGAGUGGCAGUGCAAUUGGCUGUGCUUAUAAAGUGUUCUGUGAAAUGUUUGUGAGGAAUGUUGUUGCGUGGACUUCGAUGAUUAAUGGGUAUAUUUUGUUUGGAGAUGUAGUUUCUGCACGGAGCCUUUUCGACUUGGCACCAGAGCGUGAUAUUGUAUUGUGGAACACUAUGAUUUCUGGCUAUAUUGAAUGCAAGGAUAUGGUGGCAGCUAGGAAGCUUUUUGAUUGGAUGCCAAACCCAGAUUUGAUGUCUUGGAAUACUUUGUUGAAUGGUUAUGCCAACAAUGCGGAUGUUGAGGGGUGUGAAAAGUUGUUUGAGGAGAUGCCCGAGAGAAAUAUUUUUUCUUGGAAUGGACUGAUUGGAGGAUAUGCUCGUAAUGGCCGUUUGUUUGAAGUUCUCAAUGCCUUUAAAAGGAUGCUAAGGGAGUCUGAUGUGAGUCCUAAUGAUGCCACGCUUGUGACUGUGUUGUCUUCCUGUGCGAGAUUGGGAGCUCUUGACUUGGGUAAUUGGGUGCAUGUAUAUGCAGAGAGCAAUGGGUAUCAAGAUAACAUUUUUGUUAGGAAUGCUUUAGUCGACAUGUACGCAAAAUGUGGGAGUAUAGAUAGUGCAAUUGAUGUGUUUAACAGCAUGCAUACAAAGGAUUUAAUAUCUUGGAACACCAUAAUAAAUGGUUUAGCAGUGCAUGGACAUGGGGCUGAUGCUUUAAGCUUGUUUUCUCAAAUGAAGAACACUGCAGAAAAGCCAGAUGGUAUUACUUUCAUAGGCAUUUUAUGUGCUUGCUCUCAUAUGGGUUUGGUAGAAGAUGGAUUUUCCUAUUUUUAUUCAAUGAUUGAUGAAUACUCAAUCAUGCCCCAGAUUGAACAUUAUGGUUGUAUGGUUGAUAUGUUGGCUCGAGCUGGUCUUUUAGACCAGGCAGUGGAUUUUGUGAAGAAGAUGCCCAUUGAAGCAGAUGGUAUUAUUUGGACUGCCUUACUUGGGGCAUGUAGGUGUUAUAAAAAUAUCAAAUUGGCUGAACUAGCUCUCCAACGGCUUAUUGAGCUUGAACCAAAAAACCCAGCAAAUUAUGUUAUGCUUUCUAAUAUUUAUGGGGAUGUCAGGAGAUGGGAAGAUGUGGCACGAUUAAAAGUUGCAAUGAGGAAUACAGGUUUUAAAAAACUGCCAGGUUGUAGCUUGAUUGAGGUUGAUGAUGCUGUGGUUGAGUUCUAUUCCUUGGAUGAGAGGCAUCCAAAGAAUGAGGAGAUAUAUGCAGCCUUGAGAGGGUUGACGAAGCUGUUAAGGUUAUCUGGGUAUGUUCCAGACCUUAUGGAGCUUGGGCAUGGAACUUAAGGAAAGAAAGAAAGAGAUUAAUCACGGAUAAAAAUGACAUUUCCCAGUGUUGGUCCCUGUUAAUUGAGGGUGGGGGGAGGGGUAAACCAGGAGGCAGAUCUAAGCUUUGGCAGUCAUUAUUUGCCAAAGUGGCUGUUCUUAGAC